CAUCAACACAAACUUCAAAACAAACGAGUUUAAUACAAAGAAUAGUAUAAUAAUGGUGAUGGUAGUAGAGAAUUGUCCCGAAUUGUCAUCGUCCACCUCGGGUCCAAUGACACACUAUUGUCGGGUGUGCAAUCGAGGGUUUAAUUGCGCAGGAGCCCUCGGUGGGCACAUGCGUUCUCACACGGUGGGAGAUCAAGCAGACAAGAGUCAGGGUGAUUAUCACGACCACAUGGAUAACAAGCAAUCAAAUGUCGAAGGACAAAAGCACUCGUACUUCUUACGCACUAUCGCAAACCGUUUCGUCACUAAAAGUAGAGGAUACAGAGGUGAUGACGAUGACAUUGACGAUGAUAAGGGUGUCAUGCCAACCGGGAGCAUCACACCAUUUUCAUCAUCACCUCCUCUUCGUAGUCAUCAAUAUUGUGUAUCAAAGGAAGAUAUGGAUCUAGCUGAUUGCCUCGUGAUGUUAUCAUCCAAUGGGUCAUUCCAAUUCACGCCGUCUCAAGAUGAUAUAAACGAUCACCAGGGGAAAAAGGUCAAGGAAGAGGACAUAAACAAUAACAAUAAUAGGGGCUUGUUCCCAUGUAAGGCAUGCAAUAAAGUGUUCAACUCCCACCAAGCAUUGGGCGGACAUAGAGCGAGUCACAAGAAGGUUAAAGGUUGCUACGCUGCCAAGCUCGACCACCUCAACAACGACAACAACAAUAACAAAAACGAUGACACCGGCAAUUAUUGCCCCGACGAAUUCUUGGAUAGUGAUUAUUCUCUCCCCUCCCCACCACCCUCGGCCUCUACCACAGUCUCCCGGAAGCGCUCAAGGGUGCACGAGUGUUCCAUCUGCCACCGGAUCUUCUCCUCUGGGCAGGCAUUGGGUGGCCACAAAAGGUGUCACUGGCUAGCAGCAGCAAACACAACAGUCUUACAAAGCUUCCAAGAAAUCGCGGCAUAUGACAAAAAGCAAUCGCCGCCAUUGAUCUUCAAGAAUCCUUCGUUCCCAUCGGGUUAUACUUCACACGGGCCGUCGUCGUCGUUGGACCUCAACAUUGCACCUACUAUUACCAACGUUCCAACAAAAUCAUCCUUUGAAAAGGAGACAGCCACAAGAUCAGGCUAUUUGGAUCUAUGGGAAAAAGGGGUCAGCAGUAGUACUAAUACCGCUAACCCCAGUCAGAACCAUUGUGGUGAAGAGAAUUCACCGAAGCUGAAAGAUAAGAAAUUAGAUGGAGGAUCGUCAGCUUCUGGGUGGCUGCAGAUGGGCAUUGCUAGCUUUACCCCUUCUGCUUUGAUUUGAUAAGUUAUUCUUAAAGGUCGCCAAGGCAUUUUAGUACAAAUGUUCUCGAUCCUAUGCCAAGAAUUGGAGCAGCCAUGCAUCACGUGCUUCAUUACUCUAAGCUUUAAUUUAGGGUUUUCUACUUUAUUACAUGAUUUGUUCUCCGUAGAUCAUACAUAAUUCUAAUUUGGGCUCAAUGUAGACACAUAUACAUGUAAUUGGAAUGGGUACAAUAGUUUAGAAAAAGAUCAUAUUAACAAGGAUUAAUGUAUUAG